AUUUGUUUCCUGUCAUUGUGCAGCAGUUUAGAAAGGUUGCUGACAGUCUUUCUUUAAAACUUCACUGACAGAACACGAUACAGGUAUUAAUGCUUUUUUGGAAGUGACUUUUUUUAACAAUAAUGUUUUAAAUUGUUUAUGAAAUAUUGUGAACAUUGUUAAUUUAGCUUUUAUUUCCUAUUAAGGACUAUUUUGAAGUUAACGUCAAAAGAUUAAUUUAAAAAAAACUCUUAAUAUUAUAAUGACCGUCUUUAGAAACAUAGAAACAUCUAUGUUUCUCUUAAUAUUAUAAUAAAGUGUGUUGCAGUCUUCCAGAAUUCAUAAUCUAAUUGGUGGGUGACUUGUGACUGGCUUUAUCUACAAAAUGUUUAAAUGUAGUGAAAUGAAAACAAAGGGAUUAAUUUACAAACAUUAGGGUAAAAAUUUGGGCAAAUAACAAAACUGGAGAAAUUCAGUUAUUCUGGCUGAAAAUUUGAUGGUAUCAGUACACCUACAUAUAGAGAUAUGAAAACAGGGCAUGCAAGGAUUGGACUAAAAGGGUAGGUCAGUAGUGUAAACUGGGUGGAAGGCACAACCCAAAAUGGUAGACCCUCUAUUUUGUCCCAAACGUAAGAUGCUCAUAAAAAGGUCAUGGUAUCGUAAAUCAGUUUGUUAAAAUAAGAGAUUUGACAACUGAAAUUAGAUUUUCUGUAAUGUGUCCCUAUAGUUUACCAAAAACCUGAUCUACAUGGGAAGGAGGUAUUGCAGUAGCAGAAUACAAAUCUGAGUUCUUGACAGUAGAAAUUAAAUUAAAUCGUGAUCAAGAUCAUGAAAUUAAAAUGAAAAAAAAAAUGUACUGUGCAGUUUGUUUUUAUUUAACCGUGUCAUUACCAACUUAGAUAUUUUGUCAGUGUUGGUAAUAAAAUGGUUAACAGAAAACUGGCACAAAUUUCACAAAAAAAAAAGUAAGCACCGAAAUGCGCAUUGAGUUAGAGUCCACACUUGUGCAUUUUACUUUCUAGGACCUCUUUUGAUGGCUUGACAAUCUUAUACUUGGGAAUACUUGUUUGUAGGUAGAUCUCUCUAGACUGGAGUUUUGCAACUAAUUUUUUGGGAAUUGCUACGUUCAAUUUGCCCCAUAUAUCGGAUAUAGCCAUUACUAGAGACUCUAUCCACCCUCCUACUUACAAGUGCUCUUUUGAGUAACAAGACUAAGAGAUUUCUACAUUUCAUUUACUUACUAUACCACAGAUUAAAUUGAUAUCUCUUAUUACACUGCCCUUCAUGGAUAACCAUUCCAAUUCACCCUCCUAAUUAGACACAGCUCAGUACCCUUGAUUAUUGCAAUUCUUUGCAACACUGUAUUGGGUCUAUUAGCUAGUGCGUCCCGAUUUUAAGUGGGUGUGCAAUCUUGGAAUUACCAUUGAAGUUCCUAUUUUAAACAAGUAUAUUUACUUUACCUUUUCGCUUUUCAAGCACGUUUAUUUUUACACUUUCACUACAUUUAUUAUCUUUUUGUGUGUGAUUUCUGUACCCAUAUACGGAUUCAAUAAAGUUUGUGUUUUUAAUCAAGGCACCUAGCCUAAUACCUGUUUAGUUAAUUCAAACAAGGGUAAUAGGAUUAAAAUUGGUCUUGUUUUUUGCAAGCCUAGUCUAAUCUUUCUCUGCAUCUUCAUUUUGGGUUAUGCCCUAAUUACCCUACAACCAAUACAAACUUGGCGUCAGAUUUCCUCUCGCUAAGUCUGUCUAUCUUCAAAUGAAUACUAGGCUACCAAUGUAAAUAUAAAUUCAUAGAGAUAUCCAAUCUUAAUAACAAAUCGUAAAAAAAAAUAAUAUAAAGAACAACCAAUGCAUACCAGAACAAGUGAGAGGAGGGAAGAAAAGUCAAGUCUUCCCUCCUCUCACUUGUUCUGGUGGGCUUAUUCCAGGGGCCUAUUCCAGGGCAUCACCGUUUUCUGGGUGGUCUUCUUAGGUGGUCUCUCCACCUGCUGUAGAUGGCUAAAUUACGUGUUAUUUAUCUUUUUUUUUUUCUUUGGAUACUGUGUUAUUUUACACACCAGAUACUAUUUUGUACAUAUGAUAUUGGAACUACCUCAGAAUACAUGAGGACUGCUGUUAGUGUGAUGCCAUGUGUAUUUAUUUCUAUUAUUUUUUUCAAUAACUGUGCUGCUUUUCAUUACCUUUUUUUCAUUGCGGUGUGUUUGGAUUUACCCAUGUGUGUGGACCGCUGUGUUUUGUUUUUUUUUUAGUUAUAUUUUUGAAUAUUUGGGAAGAGUCCAGCACAGAGGAAUUAAUUCUUAAUCCUAUUAGUCCUGAUUCAGCCUCUCAAAUUUAUUAUUUUUUGAGUGAGAGAUCCCACCUCCCCAGGUUUGUGUUUUUUGCAGCUCUGUCAACCCUUAUGUUAUUCUGGCCUGCCUUAGGCAGCCACCUAACCUAAUUACAGAGCCACCUCCGACCAUCAAAGGGGCAUUAAAAGGUUAAGAUGAGUUCUGUGUUUAUUGCCAAUUUUUGAACUUUAACAGUUUGGACUUUGCAUACUUUCAUUGUGUUUGUUAUACUAUUUGCACCUUUUUACAAGCAUUUUUGUAUUGGUUACAAACAGUAUUUGAGAUGUACGAUAUUACACUAACCUGUUCUCUAUAUUUUACACUUUGAGGAAUCUAUUUAGCAAACUAUUAACUAAAAAAUCCUGCCAAGCAUGUAUUUAAUUUUUUUGCCACUACAAGAAUGCAUUUGUUGCCUACAACAUUGUUUUUAAUAUAUAUAUAUAUAUAUAUAUAUAUAUUUUGUUUUGCAAUGCUCCAUGUUAUAUAUCUUGGUAUUUGUCUUUGUACAUAUGCCUUAUGUGCAGUUUUAUAUUACUGCUCCUACUCUUCUAACAAAUGGAAUGCUGUUCUGAGUCCUCACUCAACGGAACCAGGAUUGAACCUACAUUUUGUGUUAAAUCUGUUGUAUUGUUGUAUGCCAUAUGAACACAUUUUUCCUAUGCAGAGGAAGUAAUCAUAACAAAUCAACAAAGCAUAUAAUGUCAUAAUAGGUGCACAGUCAGGUAACAUUAAGCUGCUAUAUACACAUCAUGAGACCAUAUGAGAAAAUCAAAGAACCUACAUUUUGCAGUAUUACAGCUCAUUGAUAAGCAUUGGGAAGCCUCAAUCAUGUGUGACUGCAUGAGUGACUCCAGCACAGAGGCUUCUCAAAGACAAGCCUCUGAAUGGAGUAUUCCCCAACACAUAUUGAAUAUCUGUACCUGGUGAAAGAUGGGAUGGCUUGCAAAGACUACAGACAAAACGUCUGUGUGGGUGUACAUCUACAAAAUAGUGAAAGAAAUAAACUGUUUUCCUUUAAUAAAGCAACGUAUUGUAAAAUAUGUCAUUGUUCAACUCUUCUUAUUUUAUAUGUCUACAGUUUGCUACCCUCCCCAUUCUCUCUUCAUCUUACCUCCCUAUACUCUACCAAAUAUCCCUCCUUUUUCAACCUAAUUCAGUCUCCACCUGUCCAAAUCCCGAUCAGUCUCUCUCUCUCUCCACCUGUCUAAACCACAUAUGUGACUCAAUCCAUCUGUCCAAACCCUCAUCUAUCUCUAUCUCCACCUGUCGAAACAUUAAUCUGUGUCUCUCUCAUCCUGUUAACACUAUGUGUGUGUCCAUGUAGCCUGCCCUCCCAUAUGUGUGUCUCCUUGUAGUCUGUCCCCCUAUUUGUGUCUCCUUCCAGCAUGUCCUCCAUCUGUGUGUCUCUUUGCAGCCUGUCCACCAUCUGUGUGUCUCUUUGAAGCCUGUCCUCCUAUCUGUGUCUCCUUGCAGCCUCUAUCGUAUCAGUGUGUCUCAUUGCAGCUUGCCCAUCAUCUGUGUGUCUCCUUGAAGCCUGGCCCCCCAUUUGUUUGUGUCUCAUUCCAGCUUGUUCCCAUUUGUGUGUCUCUCCUUACAGCCUGUCCCCCAUCUAUGUGUCUACUUGCAGCCUGUCCCCCCAACUAUGCAGCUUGUCCCGCCAUCUGUGUCUUCUUGUAGCCUGUCCUCCCACUUGUGUUCACCCAUCCCUCACUUACCUGUCUGCAGGCUGGACUCUGUGCUGCUCCCCUUGCAGAUUCAGUCAGGAGAGAGAGUUAGGGAUAAGAUGUAACUUCCUAUCCCUGUCUCUCCUGACAAACAGUGCUGGCCGGCCAGCAGUGCAGUCUAUUUUCAAUCACAGAGAAAAAUACUGGCAUUUGAUUUGUAUUGCUGGUACUUUUGCAACACUGGCACCGGCCAGGUAGCCUCAAAUACUGGUUGUGCCAGUAAAAUACUGGUCAGGUUGCAACCCUGCAUACUACAGAUGUUAACUAAAACAGUACGUACGAUAUAUGUAUAUCAAGCAGUACCAAAUGUUGCUCUUGGACAUAACCUUUUCAUUUUUUAUACAUCCACAGUUUACUGCCCUCCCCAUUCUCUGUUCAUCUCACCUCGCUAUAUUCAACCAUAUCUCUCCUCCUUUAUCAAACAAAAUUAGUCUCUCUCCUCCUCUGGCAACCCCAACCUGUCUCUGUCCUCAUGUCCAAACCUCCAUCUUUCUCUUUCUACACAUAUCUAAAAUACCAUAUCUGUCUUACUCCACCUGUCCAAACCUCAAUCUGUCUCUCUCUCUCCAUCUGUCUAAACCUCCAUAUGUGUCUCACUCUACCUGUCCAAACCUCCAUAUGUGUCUCACUCCACCUGUCCAAACACGCAUCUGUGUCUCUCUCUAGCUGUCCAAAUCCCAUCUUUGUCUCUCUCUACCUGUCCAAAUCCCAUCUUUGUCUCUCUCUACCUGUCCAAAUCCUAUCUUUGUCUCUCUCAUCCUCUCAACACUAUGUGCAUGUUUCUCCAUCUGUGUGUCUCCUUGUAGUCUGACCCCAUCUGUGUGUCUCCUUGCAGACCCAUUUGUGUUUCCUUGCAGCCUGUACCCAUAUGUGUCUUCUUGUAGCCUGCGCCCCUAUCUGUGUCUCCUUCCAGCCUGUCCCCCUAUCUGUGUUUGUCUCCCCCAACUGUGUGUGUCUACUUGCAGCCUGUCCCCAUCUGUGAAUCUCCAUGCAGCCUCACCAUCUGUGUCUCCUUUAAUUGCAGCCUGUCUCCCCCAACUGUGUGUGUCUACUUGCAGCCUGUCCCCCCAUCUGUGUUUCCUUGCAGCCUCUACCCUAUCUGUGUGUCUUCUUGCAGCUUGCCCCCUAUCUGUGUGCCUCCUUGCAGCCUGCCCCCAUCUGUGUAUAUGUUUGCAGUGUCCCCCCAUCUGUGUGUCUCCUUGCAGUCUGUCCCACCUGUUUGUCUCUUCUUACAGCCUGUCCCCUAUCUAUGUGUUUCCUUGAAUCCUGUCCACAUCAAUGAUUCUCCUUGCAGCCCGUCCCCCCCAUCUAUGUGUCUCCUUGCAGCCUUCACCUCAUCUGUGUGUCUUCUUGCAGACUGUCCUCCCACUUGUGUUCCCCUAUCCCUCACUUACCUGGUCUGUAGAUAAGCUGUACUCUGUGGUGCUCUCCCUAUGGUUUCAUUUAGGAGAGAAAGUUAGAGAUAAGAUGUAACUUCCUAUCCCUGCCUCUCUCAACACACAGUGCUGGCUGGCCAACAUUGAAGACUAUUUUCAAUCACAGAGAAAAAUGCCGGCAUUUACAUUGCCGAUAUUUUUGCAAUACCGGCACCGGCCAGGUGACCUCAAAUACUGGCUGUGCCAUUAAAAUACCAUCCAUGUGGCAACCCUGCGUAUUACAGGUGUUAACCGAAACAGUACGUACUAUAUAUGUACAUCAAGCAAUACUAAAAUUUUGCUCUUGGACUAAGGAAUACAUUUUUUUUUGUUUAAAGUCCUGUGAAUGUUGACUGUCAUUUGUGAUUUUGUGUAAAGCAUUACUCAGUGAUUGAGUACCCAGGCAUAAAACGUGGUGCCACCAUUUGAACUUUGCAUUUUUAUAUAUGUCUGUGUCAUCCCAAGUCUUACUAACUCUUGCAAGUUGUUACGUUAGACUUGUACAAGGCAAGAAAAUAGGGUUUGGUUAAACUACUUUUAAGAAAAUAAAAAUUCAGAAUGGUCGAAAUGAUUUUGUUCUGCAAAAUUUCUGUACCAAAAAUCUGAUUUUUGGAAACUAAUCAGAUGAAUUAUAAGGGAAUGAAAUUGGGCCAGUCAGUGUACUGCUAAAUAUAUACACAAUGUAAAUAUAUAUAUAUAUAUAUUUCAGUACACCGUUAGGAGAAUUUUCACACUAUGUGAUUCAGUGAUCAAGUGAGAAAAAGUAACCAAUAGAGGGAUAAAGACAAAGAGCAAUAAAAAAAUGUUUAGUGACUUGCCACUAACUAUUAAUUAUUCAUGAAAAGUGCUCAUUGUGUGUACAUAAAUGUACAUAAUAACAAUGUUAUUAAGUUCUUUUCCUGAAAUGUGUUUUUUUAAUUCUUUAUUUUUGUUGUGAAUGUGGUAUUACAAGACAACAGUACAUUUAAAAAGACAUAUGAUAUGAGAGAAUUAAGCUUUAAAUCUACCUUUUUUUUUUAGUAAAGAGAAACAAGCGAUAGCAUAAAAAAAAAAGAAAAAAAAAAAUGUGUUGUCAUCUGAAUUAUAAGAUAGUGACUACAAAUAUAGGCAAUUUAAAUCAAAUUAAAAUGUGGUAUGCUGAUUAACAGCAGCUUGGGAUGGAACCUGUGAUCAAAGAAAUCAAAAUGAUGCAUUUUAUACAAAGACUCAGUAGCUAAGGAGGUAUCAUGCAGCCAGACACUCUUAGUGAUGGUCAUCCUAUCCCAAUUGCAGGGAGAUCAGAGUCACAUGUUGCCUGGGCACCCUGAUUCACUCAUAUUCAUGCCUUUUUGGCUUGUUCUUUUGAUUUAAUUUCUGGAACGACAUUUGUCCGAGUUUACCAGAUAUUUCACCAAAUGCAAGGUGCCCUGAAAAAUGUUCUAUCUUCAAAAAAAAUUAUCUAACAGAACCAACAUUUCUUGUUGUGCACAAGUCUAAUAUUUGCAUGCAUCGUUUAUUAUUUUACCAAGUCAGAAGCAAAAUAUUCUCAUUAUGUUUCAAAUUUGUAUUCAUAUUUUACUCUUAUUUUCAGAUAUUUCAUUCAUCAUUCCAUUAAGAAGUUCGAAAGCCAUAGUAAGAUGCCAUGAGAUUGCAAAAUUCCUGUAAAAUAAUACUUCAUUCAGUGUGUUCAGAUGAGUUAUUUUAAACUAAAUAACUCAGCAAGGAAAUGCAAAAUGGGCUUAUUGGUGACACCAAAGUGAGGAUCUUGCAUGAGGAAUCUGUGGAAAAAACUGUGCUUCAACAGUGAUAAUUUGGGCUACUAGAUAAGAAAGAUGCAUGGAAAACCUUCAAGUGCCAAAGUAUGAGUUCAUUUGGUUAAUCGCUGUAAAGAAAGGCAGAUAAAGCAUAAUCAAAACUUGGAGUAUUUCACAACUGCACAAGACUCAGAGGUUACGAGCUGGAGGACAAUCCAUGCGUUAUAGCUCAGACAUGAGACUGAAAAAAAUAUUAUACAGCAAUAUGCAAACAACAACAAUGUUCAAAGGUGGCCACAAAGGGCAUCUGAAAUAAUUGUUCAUGUAGUUCAUGUUGUAAUGUGCCUUACUUAAGAUGUUAGAGUAUUCUAUCAGGACAAAAGUAUUUUGGGGCAAAUAAUUUAGAAAGUUUCUGUGUAAUUAAAAAUUAGGCAGCAUGACCUUAAUGACUCUCUAUAGGUUAUUUUUAACAAAGCAUACUUUUAAAUAUAACCUUUUUAUACCUCAACAACUUUAUUUCUGAAAUAUCAUCAUGAUGUUUUCUUUUCAGAGAAGAAAACAAUACAAAUGAGAAACACGUGUAACUUAGUUCAUGUAUGUUUGGGUUUAUUAUUUCUAAAAUUCAGAAACCUUCAUGAUGCCAUCUUCUAAACAACCAUCAUUGUGUUCCAGCAGAACAUUUAUUGUUUUGGUAUCUGUGCUAGUUUCACUAAUUUGUUUAAGUGUGUAUAUAUAUUGCAUAACGGUGGCUAAACAUUACCCUUUCAACCAAAUGCAAAUAGAUUCAUCAAUGGAAAUCAUAGAUACUAAAACAAUGUUAAACAUUUCUCUUUAUCAAUAUAUCAUCAAUGAACCAGAUAAAUGUAAAGAUCAGGUUCCAUUCUUUAUAUUCUUAAUAACCACUGUAGCAAAGCAAGUGGAACAAAGACAAGUAAUCAGGAACACAUGGGCAAACAAGGCAAAUGGAAAUAGUACGGGGGUGACCAUUAUGCAUUUGUUUAUGUUGGGUUUUGACAAGGAUACAGAUUCAAAGUUUAUUUUAAAUGAAAGUCAGACAUACCAUGACAUUAUCCAAAAAGACUUUCAGGAGUCCUAUAACAACUUGACUAUCAAAACUGUAAUGGGAAUGGAAUGGAUUUCCAACUAUUGCCCCCAAUCAAAGUAUGUCAUGAAAACAGAUAGUGAUAUGUUUGUGAACACUGAAUAUUUGCUGGAAAUGCUCCAACAAAAUCUGCCCCCGAAAACAAAUUUCUUCACUGGUGCCGUUCUCAGAGGUUCUGUUCCUCGAAGAGCAAAAGAAAGCAAAUGGUAUGUACCAUUUUCCAUCUACACAGAAAACUACUAUCCCAACUAUUGUUCAGGAACUGGAUACGUGUUUUCAGGAGAUUUGGCUCCAAAAAUUUUGAGAUCAUCUUAUAAAAUAAAAUACCUGCAUCUAGAAGAUGUCUUUAUUGGACUUUGUCUUAGAAAAGAGAGUAUAGAUAUCACUUAUCCACCUACAAGUGGUUUGUUUAAUAUUUAUCGAGUUACAUUUUCCCCUUGUAGCUAUUACAAACUUGUUACAUCCCACAGUAUGCCUUCAAGUGAAAUACUUAAAAACUGGCAAGAUAUGCAAGAGCAUAAAGGGCAAUGUUCAAGAUAUGCUUAUAAAUUCUAGCCCUCUACAUUUUCAAAUUUAGGUACAAUCAAGGUUAUUCAUUACACUGAAAAAUUCUUUAUCUCCACCAUAAUCAUAUAUAGUCUAUUUUUUGCCUCUGUUUAGCCAUUCAGAUUUAAUUAUUGAAAAUUAAGUCUAGUGAAUAAACCAACUGAGUGAUAGAGGAAGAGAUACAGUUCUGACUGCAAAAUCCCAUGUGGAUGGAGUCUGACAGCCAAGAUGGCCAGAUGUGUUUUCUUGUUGCUCUUGGAAAUUUGGGCCUAAAACAAGCUUCACAAGUGGAUUCCUGCAAAUUAAGCGCUUAUGCACUACUCACAGUGGAUGCUGAAUCCCAUCACACCUAUCCAAUCAUGAUUUUGGGGCACUCUGCUACUUCUGUCUCACGUCCGAGCCUGAGGCCUACUACGACAGGUGUGCCAGCGACUGGGAAAAUGGACGAUUCCCUGGCCUUGGGCGCUAAUCCCGAAACUGACCGGCAGCAGUCCCGUUACCUCCUCCCCUUUGGACCGGCGGGGGAUAUCCUGGUUCCCACUGGGUCACUCAGACUCCUUACCUAACUACUCAGGGCUUCCUGCAUCCAGUGCUUGUGGCAUGACCAAGAUGGCCACUGCGACAGAGCCUCAACAGGGGCGAUUGGAUUUGGAGGGCCAGGAUUGGAAGGCACAAUUUGAAGCCAGAUUUGAUGCACUCUGAAGUCAUUCUGAAACUGCAUUACAAACAGAUCAUCUCACCUCACUCUGCCUGCUACCUUUUUGCACUGUGAGGCAUGCUCAACCGCUGAUGCUCUUUUUGGACUGGGAGCUAUCAUGGAGACAUUUCCACACCAAAGUCCACACACCUGUGAGAAGGCCCAGACCUCGGAGAUCCCGCGGGUCGAUGAUCCUGCCACCAGGAGUAGGGGGAUCCAUGGACACAAGGAAGGGGCUCCCAUCACAACCCGGAGCCCAGACUGCAGGAGCUUGUAGCAAUGCCGACUACUCCUAGGCAACAACAUAGGUGAAAGCAACAGAUUGCAUAGAUUGAGCCUGAAAGGUUCCCAGCAUUGCACCAGGUGUAAUACCUGAACUCUAGAGGCUUACAGUCAUGUUUCAUGUUACAUUUUUUAUCUCUACCUUCAACAUUAUCCAGGACCCAAUAGUUUUAUUAUUUGUCCAUAUCAGCAAUGGGCUGCAACCCUCAUACCAUGUUUGUAUUUAUUUUUGACCUGUUGCCCUAUAUUUUAAUCUUGUCUUUCAUAAGGACUGCCAUGCUUUUUUCUUAUGCCUACGCCCAGUGGUAAUAAGUCUCUUAAGUUGCGCACAUUCUGUUUACUCAUCACAGGACUGGGUAUAAUGCAAAUUACUGUUAUUCAUUGCUCUAAGCCUUACAUUAAGCAUAGUCUUGUCUUUUCAUCUUGUAACAUAGCCAUCUCGUAAUUUAUCAGUACUAGCCUAUUAUCUUAAUUCAAAAAAAGUGCAAUUUCUCUAUAUGCCGUGAUACAAUUAUUAUCUGUUUUUACCAUGUUUGGUAUCGCUGUUGUGGCGUAUCCAGCUUAUUUGUUAUCACUUGCACACUGAAAAUAAAGAAUUUUAAAAAAAAUACACACAUAUAUAAAUAGAAAGACAAAAAUAAAUGCCCAGAAAUUUCACAAAAAAAUACUCCUUUUUAAGAAUAUUUCCAGUAAAUGCAAAUAUUUUUUUUUAAUGCAAAUUGUGCCUGAUUUUGAUAUACAUUAUGUUUUCAAAACUAAUAAUUUUAUACUUGUUAUAUUUAUAUAUUUUUUAUUGACUGGAGGUUAUAUAGUUGAUUAUAUAGUUGAAACAUAUUAUAGUUCAACGUGGAGGUUUGCAAAUCAUUGUUGUAUAAAUUUCUUUGUUAUGGGAGCUUCUUGUAGGAACAUGUUUUCUUACAUGCAUAUUGAUACAAUGUACUAAACAUGGUAGUUCUCAGAGGAUAAGUUCAUAUGUAAUGUCUCAUUUUAGGUGUGUUCACAUUAACCUGUCCAAUAUGACUUGGAAAUUAAAUACCUUCCCAAGUCAUUCUUAAAAGUUAAUAAAUUUUUUCAGGCAACAUAAAAAGGAUAUCUAAAGCUGACAAGUCUAAGGCUGGGUGUGAAACAGAAGUGCUUUAAAUUACUACAUGCCUUUAGCAGUACUCUGCCAUGGAGGUUAGAUAUCACAUUUUCUGUGUACAUACUGUUGUAAUUAAAAUAUUCAACCCGUUUUGAAAUAUUGUCAAAAUCUACAGACUUUCUGUUGUUUGCAAUCAACAAAUCAAACAAAAACAAUUGAAAUAGCUCAACACAAUGAAAGCUUCAAGUGGUUUCCCCAAAUUCAACUGUAAAAGCAACUUAUAAUGACUUAUCCAGUCUCAUAAUUAUUCAACCCCUUUUAGUACUUAGUAGAGCACCCUUUUGCUAUUAUGACCUGCUACAAAUAAGAUGCAUAGCCAGACACCAGCUUCUGGUAUCAUUCCCGAGGAAUCUUAGCUCAUUGCUGAUAAGCAAUGACCUCCAGUUCAGUGAUAUUCUUGGGUUUGUGUGCUGCAACCACCUUCUUUAAAUCCCACCAGCAGUUUUCUGUGGGGUUCAAGUCAGGCAUCACCGAGCCACCACCAUGCUUAACUGUAUUCAGAGUGUUCUUUUCAGCACAUGCUUAAUUCUUCUUCCUCCAGACAUAUUGCUGAUCCACUGGGCCAAAACGUUCUAGCUUUGUUUCAUCACUCCACAUAACAGAACCCUAAAUCUUUUUGUAGCUUCUUUAUAUGAUUUUGAGCAUAUUGGAACUGACUUUACUUGUGCUUUUGGGUCAGUAGUGGUGUACGUCUUGGAGUUCUGGCAUGGAAACUUUCUGCACUUAUUACGCACCUUACUGUGCUCACUGAGACCUCAGUGCCGGUUGCCACCAAGUUUCACUGCAGAGUUUAUACAGUCACUCGAGUAUUUUUCACAAUCUACCUUCUCAGAAAUCUGGUUGAAGACAUUGAUAGCUUCCUUUCUCUGCCCUGUGCAGGUAGUGUAACCACUGUUUAUUCAACUUUGAACUUGCAAACCUUGCUUCCAACAGUGACAAUGGUAUCCUGUUUGUUGUUUGUGAAGGAUAAUGAUCUCUUCUCUUUGUGGACCUUUCUUUUGACUUAACCAUAUUUCUAACAUACAGUCAAUCGUGACACUCAACAAACCCCAGCCAGUUCAGGUAUUUCAACUUGAUUAGUUGCAUCAUGUGUGCUUGAGACAACACAUGUUUUGCAUAUUUGUACUGUUGUGAAGGUUUAUAUUCAGGGGUUAAAUAAUUUUGAGACUGGAGAAAUCAUUAUAAAUGACUUUUGUUUGAUGUGUUGAUUGCAAACAGCUAAAAGUUUGUAAAUUUUGACAAUAAAUCUGAUUUUGGUGGGGUUGAAUAAUUUUGAUUACAACUGUAACACUGCCAUGAAGUAGUUGGCCCCUAAACAUGUACUUUAUAAUUGUGGUUGUAGUCCCUUAAAGUGUUUCAUUUUGGGUCUCAUUGAUAUCGGAUGUUUUGUCUUUACUACAGAGCAAUAGUAAUAUGUUUAUGAAAGUGUGUAUAUUCAUAUGUUUAAUAUGACAGUUUAAGUACCACAAACACUCCAGCCAGCUAUAGUAACUGUGACGAUGACAGAAUGGCGCCAUUCUCUAGUUCUGUGUAACUGUUUUUGAACCUAAGGGUCACAGUCAGGGGAGUGUGAUGACCGUAAGUAAAUAGUUCCUUUCAUUUGGAGGGGUGGCAGGACAUUAUCAUACAUGUUUAUUUUGUAUUCCUAAUGCUAUAGUGUUACUUCAAAUUUAAAUUCUCUUUGAAUUCAUAGCAAUUCCUAUUUUAAUGAAUAACCUGGACUGUGUCAAACAACUUGCACACAGAAUGCAAUCAAUACUCACAAUAAAAAUGUCAUGUAAUAAAACCGCAACAGAAAAUGAACCAACUAUAUACAGACAAGGAUGGAGGUGAUUAUUACCAGUCCUUAUGUGGCUUACCAAACAAGAAUAAUAAAAUAAUCAUAAACAAGUCAAAGGCAAGGAAAGCCAAAACAGGGCCAAGCACAUGGGAUAGACUGAAGUAUGUACAGCUGAUAAAAUCCUGCAUCAAUUCUGCAUGCCCAGGACGUUUAUGUCGCAGGUGUGAUGGAAUAUAUCUUUAUUAUUAAAUUAAGGCCUACAUCUGAUGUUCUUUAUAUGUAAUGAACUUUUUCUCUUUAAAAUGCUGCAUACGUGUCAGCAUAAGUUGCGUUCUCUGUGUAUUCUAGCCCCCACUGGAGCACUUAUUUUGAGAAACUGUACAUUGUGUGACUGUUUGCUAGAUAAUUUUGUCUCUGCGACCUUCCUAUCUUAUGAAAUAUGUAACCACAUAUUGUUUUGUAAACUAAUUUAAAUCUUAUGAAAUAUGUAGCCACAUUAACUAAUUUUAUCUUUUGACUUUCCUAUCUUUAACUACAUUAUUUAUUGUUAAACUUUAUUUUCAAACUUUCAAGCUAAACUGCAACAAUAAUGUGUAUAAAUACACCCUACUUUGAAUAAAUGAGCAGAAAGUAAUUCUGGACUCACAA